UUGUAUGGGAUGUGAGAUACGCAGUUAUCAAGUCACAUGUUUUUCUUUCUGAAAGCUCCACCUUUCGUUGUCCGUUGGAAUUCUUCGAAUCAAUGGCAUCUUUAAAUGCACCCAAAACAAACCAGACAUCUACGGAAACGACGCUUCGUUCUCCUAUAAAAUUAGAUUUCGAUAAUUUGAAAAUUCCCAGCCCAAUUGUUACAAGACGCACCAGAACGAACUCAACAUCGGCAAGGGCUGGAGAAAAACAGGAGUCGGGAAAAGUGAAAAUGUUUUGCAGAUCUAAGGGUCAUGGCUUCAUUACGCCCAAUGACGGUGGAGAAGAUAUUUUUGUACAUAUUUCAGAUGUUGAAGGGGAAUUUGUGCCACUGCCAGGGGAUGAGGUUCAGUACCGGCUAUGCCCCAUUCCUCCAAAGUUUGAAAAAUUUCAAGCAGUACAUGUUCAUAUUGUUAACUUGACACCUGAAGUUCAUGUGAGGUGGGAUUGUAAUGUUUGUGAAGAUCACAGUGAUCAUAAGUAAUAAUUUAAUCAUGAGUUUUAUCUGUAGAAAAUGAACAACUUGUAAUGGUACUAGAGAUGUGUUUUGUUUGCCUCAAUUUUAUGGCCACUAAUUACACCAGAUAGUUUGCUGUAUUACUUCAAAAAAAUUUCCAGAGAUUUGUGGAUUGUCUACUUACUGUUUUCAAAUACAAGUGUUAGUAUGUGGGGAUGAGAAUAAGAUGAUGAUCAGAAUUAAAUAUCCAUAUUUUGCUGGAUUUCUGAUAUAAUAAAUACACAAAUAUUAUGCAGUGAUAUGUCAAUGUUUAUAUUGGUGCUCAUAUUGUGUUGAUUUUUACUAGAGGUUUCGUGGGCAGCAUAAAUUUAUUUUAUAAGUGAAUGUCUAAUAUAUCUUAUAAUAGUUCAUUUUACCAGUGCUGUUUAAUACAUAUAUUUGCUCAUUUGUGACAUCAGUGUAAGUUAUUACUCUCUUUUUCGUGGAUAUCUGCAGUGAGAUAUCAGUGUUUGUCAGUUUUGUACUUCAGUGCUUAAGAACUAUUUCCCACAAGACAGCUUGGCAAUGAAGAUUAUAUUUCAAUAAUUCAUUACUAGAAUUAAAGAUUGUGAUACAAGACUAACUGGGUUGUUACUGCUUGUAUCAGUACUAAGUAGCUGAUUAGUCAAAAUUGCCUGAAGUGAGAGGUAUUCCAACUAAAAUGUCAUUUUGUAGUUGUUUUUAUCAAAUACUUACAUAAAAAUAGAAAGUAGCUAAUUUAAUUUAUUUCUUUUGGCAUUUUAGAGCAGUGUAAGAAGUCUGUUAAACAUUACAGAAACGUACAUUGUCGAUUUAUGAACAAAAAUUACAGCUCUACAGAUUUUUUCCUUCUGUUGCUCUAACUGUCUGCCCUUCUUUCGUACCCCUCCUCCCACCAUCUUCUCGUAUCUUCCUCCCCCCCACUUCAUGUCAUGUACAAAAUGACAUACACCCAUGCUUUAGUUUUGAUAGAUACAUAUGCCAAACCUUUUUUAAAAUGAAAUUUUGGUUGCAAGGGACAACAAGAAAUGGUACAUGAUUAACAUAAUUUAUUUUUAUUUUUGAACUCUAUUAGACUUCAUAUAUACUGGUUAUAGUACAUACUGAGAACAGUUCAUACAUAACUGGUUACAGUUAACUGUAACCAGUUUUGUGGUGCAAGUGGCUUAGCAGUGUUAUUAAAGAUUUGUCAUUGUGUAAUAUUAAUUGAUCACAGCUGCUCGUGUAAUGUGCAGUGCCACUUGUUGCUUACAUUAAAAUCAAUUACUUCUUCAUAGUACCUUUACAUUCUGUAACAGUUUGAAAAUGCGCAGAUAAAUGUCCUUUUUUGCUGCAUGUAAGUGCUUGUUUGUGACUUUCAGAUAAGUAGAAAAAUUUUGCUUACUGUCUUGUGGAGUGCAAGUAUGUUUCAGCUUCAGGAAGCUGGGCAAUGAAUUGUGGCAUUCAUAAUUGGAUACAGAACUGUGUUAAAUUCAACAUUAAUAUCUUUAAUACAAAAUUAAUCUAGGAACACUCAUGUGAAGGCAGCAAUUGUUUGCUAAGUUUUCUGGUGUUCUGCCACCUCUUCAGUUCUCUCUAAACCCCCCCCCCCCCCCUCCAAACCCCCUGCCCUGCUUAGAGGGGAGUCAGAUGUGCUGUGAAGGUCGAUCUACUGUGCAUAAAGAUGUAACCAGGAGGCUUACUUUUAUAGAAAGAAAUUCUUUCUCUCUAUUAAAUUACAAACAUGAAGUUUUUCCAUAAUCUUCUUUCUUCACCCUGGUGCUUAUCCUGUCUAAUACAGUGUCUGCUUUUUCCAUGGUUUGGUAAGUUUUAUUUUACUAUGUAACUUUGUGGUUGGGUGACCUUCCUGACGCAAGCUGUCGGGUAACGUAACAGAGGGAAUUUCUGUGUGCCAUCUGUCUGUCUGUAUAAAAUCUGUUGUGUGUGUCGUCUUCUAACUGUUUGUAUAUUAUAUACUUUCCGGCAGAAUUUUGGGACCAGCCCAGCAUUUGCCAAAAUGGAUGUGGGGAACUGUCUAAAAACCACACUCGGGCUGUACCAGCCCAAGAUCAUCAAUCCACUGUGCAAGCUAGCAUGUUGUGUGUUACACUAUACAAGAAGUGUUAAUGCAUUCAUCAUAAAAAACUUCAAAGUUCUUAGUUUACAUGCUAUGUCAGUUUUUGUGUAUUGGAGACUUAUUACCAGGAAUUUUCUUAAUACCUAAAUUUCAUUUCUGCUUGGCCAGCGUAAUUCAUCUGUGAACUGCUCCAAAGUCUACAUCCCAAGAAGCUAUAUCAUAAAGAUUUUCAUCUGAAAAAUUUUAUUCACUGAAUCAGGUUGUACGUGAAUUUUAGUCACUUUGAACCUGGGUAGAAGCUUUUUGUUACAGUAUAGCAAUGUUACUCACUGUAAAGAUUGUGUGUUGAGUUGCAGACAG